AACGAUAACCUUCUUGAUUCAAAUUUUAUAAAAAUUAUACAAAAAUUAAAAUAAGAAUUAUAUCGUAAAUCAAUUAUACACAAAUCUAAAGUUAUAUCUAGAUUAUUUUUGAUUAGAAACAAUAAUUUAGUGUUUUAUAUUAAGUUAAUAUGGCUACAUCCGAGAGUGAUGACUUUGAAAGUGCUGACGAAGAGAUGAACCAUGAUAUACCAACAAAGAAAUGUAUUCAAACACAAUGGAAUUUACCAACAACAAUAGAUUCAGAAUCUGAUGAUGAUACAGAAUAUGUACCUCGACAACCACAUACAAAUAUGUCUUUUGGUAGAGAGAAAGAAAAAUAUUGUUCAAUGAUAGAUACAGCAAUUGACAAAAAAAAUUUUGAUAAAAAUAUCAAUAUUAAUGAUACAUAUAAUUAUAAACAUGAACAACCAAUUAUAAAUGUUAACAAAACUUGUGAUAAAAUUGAUGAAGAUACUAUAAUUCUUAAUUCACAGAAAAUAGAAUAUCUACAGACCAAUAUUGAUACUAUAAAUUUAAAAGUGGAAAAUAAUAAUAAAACAAUAGAAUUAGAUAAAAAUGAAAUAGACACAUCUCUUAAAAUGAAUAUUAAUAUGGAAUUAUAUUCUGAAACAUCUAAACUUAAUGAGAAAGAAAGAAUUCAUAAAGAACAAAAUUUAUAUAAAAAGAAAUUAGGAACUAAAAUCAUACCAACUAAUAAUCUUACAACUAAUGUAAUUAACAUGAAUACAAAUAUUAAUGAAAAGAAUAUACCAAUGACAAAAGAAAAUACUAUGUUUGAUAAGACUUUUAUAACAGAUGAAAUAACCGAAUCAGAAAUGCCAGAAGAAAUGAAAUCUAAUAAAACAUUCAAAGAAAUAUUUAAACCCCAAGGUUGGGAAGGACUUGGAGAUGCAAUUGAAUUACCAGAGGAAUUAACUGAAGAAAAAUUGCAACCAGUAUUAAAAAGAUUAUCAUUAUCUGAACAAAUCGAUGAUUCUUCAAAUUGGGGUUGGGCUAAUUGGGGUGUAAGUUCAUUAAUUAAUACUGCCACUGCUGGAGUUUCUACAUUAACUAGCCAUGUAUCACAAGGACUUACACUUUUAGAAGAAUCUAUGACUAUAUCUGAAGAAUCAAAACCUAUUACAAAUGAAGAAAAACAAAAUAAUAUAGUUAAUGAUGAUAAUAAAAAUUAUCAAUUCAAAGAACAAUCAUCUUUUGGAUUUGGAAAUCUUAUAUCAAGUGUAUCAUCAAUAACAAAACUAGUUGAAUCAACUGGAAGCAAAGUUAUGAGUGGAGGAUUAGAUACAUUAGAAGCUAUUGGUAAAAAAACAAUGGAAGUCUUACAAGAAGGUGAUCCAGGGUUGAAAAAAAAAAGAGCUUUCUUUAUAAAUGAACCAAACAAGCCAAAUUUAUCUCAGAUUCUUCAAGAAGCUAAAGAAAAAGCAGAAAAUGUUGAAAAAACAAUUGAAGAAAAACAGAAAAUGAGAAAAGUGCAUUUUGAAAGUCUUUUUGAUGAUUAUCAAGGACUUGUUCAUAUAGAAGCAUUAGAAAUGUUAUCAAAACAAAGUAAUAUUAAAAUACAACAACAUUUGAAUGGUUUAGAUAUAAAUGAAUUAAAUUCUGUACAAAAAAUGUUGGAAGAAGUUGAAGAAUUAUGUGAAUUAGGAGAGGAUGAAAAUGAUGAUGAAACACACGAAAAAGAUUUAAAAUAUAAAUUAAAACAAACUAUUUGUGACCUUGGAAUUAACAUUACAUAUGAUAAAUUGUACGAGAUUUGUCAAAAUUCACAAGUUUAUACAACUCAAUCUAUGAUAUAUACUAAUCAAGAAAUAUUUGAACAUGCUAUUUCUGUUUUGGCACAAUUUACAGCAGUUUCUGUGGAAAGAUUUCAUAAAACUGCAGGAUUACUUUUAAUCAAAGAACAUCGAAGCACUGUUAAUGAAACUGAUUCAUUAGUUCAGUUAACAAAUAUUUUGUCUAAUCAAAUUGGAAUAUUAACUAAUACUUACUGUAGUAUUUUAUCUAAACUUGCUGAAAUUUCAGACAAAUCUGAUAAUAUUAAUUCUAAUAUAACAACGAUUUUUAUGGAGGCUUCAAAUGCAAGUUCUUAUAUUCAACAUGCCUUUAAAUUAUUGAUUCCCAUUAUUCAAGUUGGUGCUAUAUAAAAUAUUGUGACUAUUAAAUAUAUUUUUUAAUAUUUGAAUAAUUAUACAUAUAUGCAGUCUUUCAUAUAUUC